AGAAGCACCCGCCCCUGGCCCAUCUCCUGCUCCUGGUCCCGACCUCGCCUCCAGUUUCCACUCCUGCUCCUCGCCGCCGCCGUCGCCCCACCACCCCCCGCACCAUGUACGGCGUCGGCGGCGGCGGGGGCGGCUUCAACGCGCCGUCCACCACCUCCGGCCGGCGCCGCAACCCGGGCGACGAGGAGGAGGACGAGGAGGAGGAGGGCGGCGAGGGCCGCGUCCUGGAGGCGUGGGAGCGCGCGUACGCGGACGACCGCUCGUGGGAGGCGCUGCAGGAGGACGAGUCGGGCCUCCUCCGCCCCAUCGACACCAAGACCCUCGUCCACGCGCAGUACCGCCGCCGCCUCCUGCUCCGGUCUGCCGCCGCCGCCACGGCCCGCAUCCAGAAGGGGCUCAUCCGCUACCUCUACAUCGUCAUCGACCUCUCCCGGGCAGCUUCAGAGAUGGAUUAUCGUCCCAGUCGAAUGGCUGUUGUUGCAAAACAUGCUGAGGCUUUUAUAAGAGAAUUCUUCGACCAGAAUCCCUUGAGCCAUGUUGGCCUAGUGACAAUUAAAGAUGGUAUUUCUCAUCGGCUGACAGACAUUGGAGGGAGCCCAGAAUCACAGAUUAAGGCUCUGAUGGGGAAACUUGAGUGUUCCGGUGAUUCGUCUCUGCAGAAUGCUCUAGAACUUGUCCAUGGUUAUUUAGAUCAAGUACCAUCAUAUGGUCACAAGGAAGUCUUAAUUUUGUACUCUGCCCUAAAUACAUGUGAUCCUGGUGAUAUCAUGGAGACCAUAGAAAAAUGUAAGAAAUCCAAAAUUAGAUGCUCAGUUAUUGGCCUUGCUGCAGAGAUCUUCAUUUGCAAACAUCUCUGUGAAGAGACUGGUGGAUCCUACACGGUUGCACUAGACGAGUCUCAUUUCAAAGAAUUGUUGCUGGAACAUGCACCUCCACCUCCUGCAAUAGCAGAAUAUGCUGCAGCUAAUUUGAUUAAGAUGGGUUUUCCACAGAGGGGUCCUGAGGAUCUUAUCUCUAUCUGCUCUUGUCACAAGAAAAUAAAGUCUGGGGCUGAAGGUUACAUAUGUCCUAGAUGCAAAGUUAAUGUGUGUGAGCUUCCAACAGAAUGUCGAACUUGUGGCCUAACACUAGUUAGUUCUCCACACUUGGCAAGGUCAUAUCAUCAUCUCUUCCCGGUAGCACCGUUUGAUGAGGUUUCCUCUGUCCCAAAUAGAAUCCAAAGGGGAGUACAAAACUGUUUCGGCUGUCAGCAGAACCUUUUUAACCCUGAUGGCCAAAUUAGCCUCCAUGUUCGCUGCCCAAAAUGCAACCAACACUUCUGCCUGGAUUGUGAUAUUUACAUCCAUGAGAGCUUGCACAAUUGCCCUGGUUGUGAGAGUCAAUGUGGUUUCUCAUCAUAGUGAGAUGCCAUCACAUUCAUUAUUCAUGUGUUGUACCUUAAUUCUGAGUCAUCAUGUCAUACUAAAGCUUUCUCAGUGCAUUGAAAUCGGUGGCAGAGUUGUUUGAUGAUAAGACAGUGUACAGAUAUAAUGCCCGGCAUCCUUUUGUUCUGUUAGAUGGAGUAGCUAGUUGAGCUAUAUCGAUACUGAGCAGAGGCUGAAGAGUUGAUAGUUUAGCAUUUUCCUAGCUAGCAGAGAUGCUAAAAUUGUAUAACGUGACCGGAACAUAUGACUCUUGCUGUUUUUUCUGAAGCAAGACUAUUGUUAUUCAGCACCGUGACUCAAGUUUUUACAUGCUGAAA